AUGAAACUUAUGGAUGGAAAUGAUCUGUAUGAUUCUUGUUCGAUAACCUUAAGUUCAGAUGGUUUAAUUAUUCGAAAUGUUAUACCAUCGCAUGCUUGUCGAAGUUCAGCUUAUCAAUUUUGUUGUAAUCAAGAUCUUUGUAAUUUUCUUCCUUCACCGCCAUUACCAGCAUUUACUACACUCACAUGUGCUAUUAAUGACUGUCGGAUGAAUAAUAAUCAAUGUAACAAUUCAAAUGAUUCUGUUAUCUAUCGAAGUAGUGCUACUGAAUCAUGUAUUAGAAUUCAUCGUGAUAUUGUUUACAAAUCAUAUCAAAUAGGUUGUUCACCUAAAACUACUGCAAUUACAUCAUUAACUGGUGAAUUGAUAUCUGAAAAUUUAUUUUGUUGUAAUUAUCCCAAAUGUAAUCAACGAAUUUUUCCACCAGGUGAAGCUAUUCGUUGUUAUACAUGUGAUUCACGUAUAACUGGUUUGAAAGAUUGUAUGAUAUUGAAUACAUCUAGUUCACAUGUUUAUAAUUCUGCAUCAUCGAAUCCAUCGGAAUCGUGUGCUAUGAUUGUUGGUCAAACAGGAAAAGAUCUUAUGACUGGACGCAAUUAUCCAGCUUUUACGAUACGUACUUUUAUUAAUAAUUGUAUUAAUCAAUCGUUAGGUAAUGUAACAUAUGGUGGUGCUACUUUUCAAGGUCGUAUUGAUUGUUGUUCGACUUCUCUUUGUAAUAUACAUCCUUUGUAUAUUAAUUUAACAUCGUCAACAAUAAAAUCAAAACGUGUUUUUUCUACUUCAAAAGUUAUUGUAUCUACUUUGAUUAUAUGUCUUGGAUUCAUUUUUAUUAUCAUCGGUAUUUCAUUAUCAAUAUAUCGAUUUCAUCUGAACAAAUCAUAUCAUUGUUAUACUCCAGGAAUUUUUAGUGAUGGUUCAACAACAUUAUUUUUAUCAUCACGUUUAAAUUAA